GUCACAAAAUUGCAUUUUGAAGUUGAGCAGCCUGGGGCCCAUUUGCACGCCGGAUUCCAACUGGUGGGGCAGGCCAAUUCAUACGAUGCCAUCACGAGACAGAAACGGUGAGAUGCCACUGAAAAGAGAGAAAAAGAAGGGAAAUCACCCGUCGGACGUCACACACAUCGACAAUAUGUCGUUGACUCUGCUGUUACACUCGGCGGCGCGAAUCACGCGCUCGCGCAGAGCGCUUUGUGUUUCUUUCACUUGGUCGGCGUUAUUGUUUUGCUACGCGCGACAUGCAUGUUAUCGCAUCAUCUUGGAGUUUAAUUUCUCUAUUGUUUUCUUCCGGGGUGCGGUCUUUCGGUUCACAAACAUCUCGGUACACAACAGCAUUGUUUUCUCUGGUCUCUCUUGGGUCGCAGGCUGCGGAACUCUGUCAUGGGCUGGCUCAUUUUGAUGUUUAUUACUGGUUGCGAACACGGACAUGGAAAGUAUUGAGGCAUGUAUAGAUAAAAGAUGAGCGAACGUGCCUGUCGAUUUGUACGAGGUUCGGGCUCUCUGGGACGAGAUAGAGGAAUGAGAAAUUGUUAAAAGUCAUUGUCAAGAUUCUUUGAAUGACGGUGUGUAGGAAUCACAUUGGCUCGUGACGAUGUUUGCUGUAGCGUGCGUCUACACUUCAUUUGCAUGAUGGGGAGCGAUGAUCAGUGACUGCCUC